AUCUCCGAGUUUGUGAAAUACUGGUAUCUCCUUCACGGGCCCCCCUCUUUCUCUAUUCCUCUCCUCCGCUUUCACCCUCUCUUCCCCUCCCCCUCCCCUCCCCUCUCAUCAUCUAUACAUUAUAUUCCUUGCACACGCCUUACAUCCGCCGGUUGCAGUGAGCUCCUUCAAUCUCUGCUACAUAUUGCAUCCUCAUUGCCGUCAUGCCUUCUGUUCAGGAGAAAGGACCUACGACCCUUUAUGACAAGAUAUACGCCCACCAUCUUGUGGAUGGCCAGACGAUUUAUAUUGAUAGGUGCAUCCCUGCAUUUCCUGCGAGCAAGGGGACGGGCUAACAUCCUUUGCGCUUGUAGACAUCUUGUUCACGAAGUCACAUCACCUGUUAGUUUGACAUCCAUUGUCACAACUUUUCUUUCUCCCUUUGCCUUCUUGGGUUGUGCAUGGCUAACAAUUGUUAUGAUGAGUAGCAAGCUUUUGAAGGUCUGAGAAAUGCGGGCAGAAUUGUUAGGAGACCUGAUUGCACUUUGGCCACUGUCGACCAUGUACGUUCAUGCCGGUUGCCUUGACCAUUCUCCGUCUUGGAUUUGAUUUGCUGACAUCGGUAACUAGAACAUUCCGACAUCAAGCCGUGCAAACUAUAAAAGCGCAAAGACCUUUAUUGAGGAAGAAGACUCCCGUAUACAGUGUUUGACGCUCGAGGAUAACGUCAAAGCGUUCGGGUUAACUUAUUUUGGCCUCGGCGACAGUCGUCAAGGAAUUGUUCACAUCGUUGGACCGGAGCAGGGUUUCACUCUUCCUGGAACUACGGUUGUCUGUGGUGAUUCUCACACAUCAACACACGGUGCUUUCGGCGCUCUUGCCUUUGGUAUCGGAACUUCUGAGGUCGAACAUGUUCUCGCUACUCAAACCCUUAUCAACCAAAAGUCGAAGAAUAUGAAAAUCGAAGUCAAUGGUGCGCUUUUGCCUGGUGUCACUAGCAAGGAUAUCAUUCUGCACAUUAUUGGGAAGAUUGGCACCGCAGGUGGAACUGGUGCAGUUAUUGAAUUCACAGGGUCCACAAUCAGGUCCUUGAGUAUGGAGGCGAGAAUGUCCAUGUGCAACAUGUCGAUCGAGGGUGGCGCCAGGGCGGGAUUGAUUGCUCCGGACGAAACGACUUUCGAAUACCUUAGAGGAAAGCCUCUUGCUCCUAGAUACGACUCGCCGGAGUGGUACAGCGCGCUGAAGUACUGGAGAACCCUCAAAUCUGACCCCGAGGCUACGUGGGAUAUUGAAGUCUAUGUCGACGCUAGGGACGUUGCGCCUACCGUCUCAUGGGGUACAUCUCCUCAAGACGUUGUUCCCAUCACCGGCAAAGUUCCCGAUCCUUCCGAAUUUGGUGAUUCUGUUGCUAGACAACGUGUUAUUCGUGCAUUGGAAUACAUGGGUUUGGCGCCUAAUACUCCUAUGCAAGAAAUCACAGUGGACAAGGUUUUCAUUGGCUCUUGCACCAAUUCCCGCAUUGAGGAUCUUCGUGCAGCAGCCAAGAUCGCGAAGGGCAGGAAAGUUGCGCCCAAUAUUAUGAGAGCAAUGGUCGUUCCCGGUUCUGGACUUAUCAAGAAGCAGGCUGAGAGAGAGGGAUUGGACAAGAUUUUUCUUGAUGCUGGUUUCGAGUGGAGGGAAGCUGGGUGUAGCAUGUGUUUGGGCAUGAACCCGGAUAUUCUGUCCCCACAGGAACGCUGCGCUAGUACAAGCAAUCGUAACUUUGAGGGUAGGCAGGGCGCGGGCGGUCGUACUCAUUUGAUGUCUCCAGCAAUGGCGGCUUCGGCAGCAAUUUCGGGGAGGUUGGCAGAUGUGAGGGCGUUUGCUCUCGGAGGUGCUGAACCUGAGAAGGCGGAGGGCGUGCCGAGGACCGCAAUUGAGGCAGAGCACCCGGACCCAGUCACCGAUGAGGACCUGGAUCGGAUUGAUGAUAUUCCAAUUGACGAAGGAACUACCAGUGCUAGUGCUUCCACUCGCGAGGAUAUCUCGGGCCCUUCUGCUGAGGUAAUUGGCAUGCCAAAGUUUCUCACCUUGAAGGGUAUUGCGGCCCCUCUCCCAAUGGCGAACAUCGACACCGACGCUAUUAUCCCCAAACAAUUUCUUAAAACCAUCAAGCGAACUGGUUUGGGAUCUGCUCUAUUCUUUGCUCUCCGAUUCAACCCCGACGGAACCGAAAAUCCAAACUUUGUUCUUAACAAGGAGCCAUACCGUAACGCUAAGGUUCUUGUUGUCACUGGCCCAAAUUUCGGAUGUGGCAGCAGCAGAGAGCACGCGCCAUGGGCUCUCCUUGAUUUCGGUAUCAAAUGUAUCAUUGCCCCAUCGUUUGCUGACAUUUUUUUCAAUAAUACGUUCAAGAAUGGAAUGCUCCCCGUCGUCAUCGAAGACCCGGCGGUGCUGGAUAAGAUUGCCAAGGUGGCCGAGGCUGGAAAAGAAGUUGAGGUCGAUUUGCCCAAUCAAGUUAUCAAGGGUGAUGAUGGAAACGAGCUGGCUAAGUUUGAUGUCGAGGAAUUCCGUAAACAUUGCCUGGUUAAUGGGCUCGAUGAUAUUGGAUUGACUCUCUUGAUUGAUGAUAAGAUCAAUGAGUUUGAGAAGCAGCGAACCCUCGAGUACCCCUGGCUGGAUGGUAGCGGGUACUUGGCUAGGCGUAAGAGGGGCGAUGGGCCAGUCAAAAUUCCGGCGGCUAAAGUUCCGGCUACCAAUAGGGGGUUUGAGAAGGAAAUCACUGAGUGGUGAGGGUUAUACCGAUAAGAUGGCGAGAUUUUUGGCAGCGAUUUUCUUUCAGAGUUUCAAUCUGAGGGGGAGGGGGGGAGUCCCGAAUCUGUAGACUCAAGAUGUGCCAAGUGAUUCACGAAGAAAUAGCUCUUGUGAUCUGAUACGAUAGUGAUAUGCUGUCACCCUGUUACUUUGCCUGCUGCGCUCAGCACUGUGGAUGCCAGGUGAUAAGU